GAAGCCGGGUGGUGCGUGGGCUACCCCCACUUGUGGGACUGGGGCCGCGGUCACCCGUGAGGGGCUGGGGUGGUGCCCCGAGUGUGCGCGUGCGGGUCUGUGUGCUGGGGGUGGCUCACCUGGCAGCGUGGGUGAGCGGCGCGGCGACGGCGGCGGCGAGCGAGAACGGGGAGCAGGUAUCACUUGAAGAAUGGAUGAUGAUGAUUUUGGUGGUUUUGAGGCUGCAGAGAUUUUUGAUGAUGGAAAUGGGGAAAACCAAACAACAUCUCCCGCUAUUCCUUGGGCUGCCUUUCCUACAGUGUCUGGAGUCCAUCUUUCACCAGCUUCUCCUGAGAUUGUACUGGACCAUGACCACUCUUCUGCUUUGGCUGGCUGCCUCUCUUCUGAUGCUAUCAUUUCAUCACCAGAGAAUACACAUGCAGACAGCAGCAUUAUUCAGCAAUCAACACACACUCAUCUGGAUAUCUCACUUUUUCCAUUGGGUUUAACUGAUGAGAAAAGUAAUGGAACAAUUGCUCUUGUGGAUGAUUCUGAGGAUCCUGGAGCUAAUGUAUCAAACAUACAGCUUCAGCAAAAAAUUUCAAGUCUGGAGAUUAAACUCAAACUGUCUGAAGAGGAAAAACUGAGAAUUAAAAAGGAUGUGGAAUCAUUAAUGGAAAAGCAUAGUGUCUUAGAAAAAGGCUUCCUAAAAGAAAAAGAGCAAGAAGCCAUUUCUUUUCAAGAUAGAUACAAAGAACUUCAGGUAAGCCCAGUGAACUUAAAAUUUAAAAUGUAG